AACGAAGAAGUGACGCCUGCGAAGACACGUCAUCGUGAAGCUUCUGGACAGAGAGUAGCUUGUUUCUGUUUGGGGGUUAGUUUGUUGUGACUCCACCAGGGUGGAGCUGAUAUGACGAAGUUUGCUCCUCAGUAAGAAGCAUAGAUUAGGCCAGUGGUGUGUGUGUGGUUGUGUGUGUGUGUGUGUGUGUGUGUGUGUGUGUGUGUGUACCGGGUAAAAUGAAGAACCAGGACCUGAGUCAGCUGAGCUUCAUCGUAGGGGAGUUCCUGUCCCUGUAUGGGUGGUACCUGCUGGCUGUCACAUUCACAGUCUUCCUGCUCAUCCAGCAGCUGAGGAAGAGGAGAUCCAGCCAGAGCCAGCAGUACUCCGUCCCUCAGACACAGCUCGAUGCAUCUCUAGUGACACAAAGACAAGAGGCCUUCGAAGCAGCUCGGCGAAAGAUGCAGGAAGAACUUGAUGCAAAAGCUGCCAUCUUUAAGGAGAAACAGAGACAGCAAGAAGAGGAGAAGAGAAGGCAGAAGGUCGAGGAAUGGGACAGCAUGAAGCAGGGGAAGAGCGGCAAAGGACAAAAACCAUCGGAGAGCUCUGAAGAGGCCAGCUCAUCAUCCACUGGGCUGAAACCAAAGACAAACAAGAAGCCGCUGCGCAGUCCUGACUACAAUCCUCUGAUGGGACAAGGAGGCUCCUGCACCUGGAGACCGGGGAGGAGGGGACCCUCAGGUGGUGGAUGAGGUUAAAUGUUGGAGGUGUUCUGACCACCUCCAGUGUAAUGUGCACACUGACUGCUGGGAUCAAGCUGGAAAUGAAACAGAGUCUGUUCUUUCAGAUCACUGGUUAAACUCCUGUACUAGAGAAGUGAACACACCCAUUUAGAAAUUCACAUGUGAGAUUGACUUUUUCCUGAGAGGGAGAAACUUUAGAGACCUAAGUAGGAAUUCAGUGCAAUUAAAGAUAAAUGUAACAAUUUCAUAUUUGAAAACAAUUUUGAGCAGAAUAAUAACAAAAAUUGGCUUCAAUUGCAAAAUUGUUGUUAGAACUGCAGACUAUCUGCAUUUCAGGGCCAUGGUGUAGAGAACUUCAGAAACAGUGAUGGGUAACACCAACGAAAAGAACUAAAGUGGUUUCACUCCAGAAAUAAAGCUUUGGAUGCUUUGUUGUUCUGAAAAUGAGAUUGAUGCUUCAGACUUGGAACCAGGUCCAUAUGAAGGCCUGAACUCAGAAAUGAUUCUCCUCAAACAAAUAAAUGAAUGGAUUUAAUCUCCAUCAUUAAAUAUGUCCUAACUUUGUCACAAUGUAUUCUUGCUUUGGGCUCUAAAUCUCUAAUAUCGUACAAACACUUGAAUUAUUUCAGAAGGAACAUUAGAUGAUAUGACAGUCUAAUGAAUGUACAUUUCAGUGGGUGGAUUUACUAACUGGAGUUUAACUUUUCUUUCAGUUCCCACUUUCUUCUGUUAGGAUAACUGGUUAGUAGCUUCUGGGCUAAAUGCUUUGUGUAAUUGAAAGCUUGAUAUGAAGCCAUUCCUUGAAAUGGUCUCCAACCAGUAGGUUUGGCUGAUUAUUCCCCAGUCAUUGUGCUUUUUCAUGGUUGUUGUUGAGUAUUUCUGAAGGUUUUAAGUUAAAAUCAUAGCAGUGGUGAUAACUGGUAAAUGUUCUUUACAUUCUGACUCUAUGGUUCUAAACAAAUGUAAUAUUAAAGGACUUUCUUACUGUUUCUCAUCUGUUUCAAUCAAGACUGUAGCUGUGAGUGGACGUUUGACCAGCUGGUACACUAAAUUUCUAUAACCAUGUAAAUGUUCAUUUUGAAGUUACAUAACAUGUUGAGCUUAUUUUUAUUUUAAAUGCUGUUCUUAAGUUUAUGUACUUCUGUAUAUGUUUAAUUCCUGUUUUUGAAUGGCCUAGUCAAAGUUAAGACCUGAAUGCAACUGAAAAUCUUUAGCAUGACUUGAAAAUCAAUGUUCACAGAUGCUCUCUGUCCAAUCUGACUGCUGACUGAGCUUGCACUGUUUUGCAAAGAAUAGGCAAAUAUUUUGCCUCUAAAGGACUUGCAGCUGCUAUUGUACAAAUGCACACCACUCUGCAAUUUUUUGGUUUCCACCUUCUACUUUGUCUAUCAAAUAAAAUUGCAAUAAAUUACAA